AUUUAAAAAUAUUUAUCAGGAAUUAUGUAAAUAUGAAUCAAAAUUUAAUUCAUCAUUUUAUUUAAAAAGCAUAAAUGUGAUUAUUAAAAAAUUUGGAUAUUCUGUCUAUUUGAAAAAUGGAAUCGAAAAUGAAUAAAGAAAGUGAUCAAAAUGUGGCAUCAUCAAGUAGUAACAGCAAUCGAUCUCGAUCAAAAGAUGGUACACAGCGGUCACGUAACAUUCGAUUACCAACACCACCGCCGGAUCCAACCGCGAUAAAUAAUGAUAAUACCCAAAGCUCACAGCAGAAUGUCAACGAGCCAUCAACUCCUCAAAUUGAUUUUGACGAUGCUAUGAAUAAAGAGAGCGAACUAUUAGAAUAUAUAUUAUCGAUAUCCUCACAAAAAUCACCAACGACAUCCGAAGGUGAUGGAAAACAACCACCGUUAUUACGAACAAAUUCAUUAUUUUCUCAAGUCAUCGCAGCUGAUGAGGCAUUCGAUCAUCUUGACAAACUUUACAAGCUAAUGGAACAAUUAUUGAAUUUACGUGAACAAAAUUCCAAAUUACAGAAACGUGUACGAGACUUGGAACAUUUAAAAAAGUUACAAGAUAUGAAUUUAAAAAUAAAUUUUAAUCCAGACGAUAAAAUCAUUUUACAAGAUUUAGAAGCUGACCCUGGAUAUGCUGAAAGUUUAUUAGAUAACAUAUUAGCAGCCGGGCGGAAUGCUAGCCAGAAACGUAACUCCAAAUAUAAGCCGGCAAGGCUGCGCCAAUCAAUUUUGGGACGACCUCAAGAGCGCAGUUGUAGUGUGGCAAUGGAUGAUAGUUACUCCCCAUAUCAUAAUAAUAUGUUUACAUAUUCCGAUGGUAACAUUUAUUCGACGAACAAAUCACCGUCAUGUGUAUCGAAACCAGCAAAAGUAUCUAAGUGGAAAAAGGUUAAAGCAGCAUUUAAAUGGGAAAAAGCUAGUUCAACUGUCGGAGGUGGUCAUUUGCCCGUGGCCAAAUCCCAAGAUAGUGGCUUAGGCUUGCCAAUAAUAAAUAAUGAAGUUGCAAAAUAUUUACGUGUUCCAUCUAUAACGGCAGCUGGACAUAGUGGUGGAAGUUCUGGUGGGGGUGUUAGUCCUGCUGAUUCUGUGUUAAGUGGUCAAAGUUCGCCCGGAGGUAUUCGUACAUCUGGAAAAGAUUUGUCUAUAUCUGUACCAGAAACACCGGCAUCUUUAUCGUCAGCGUCGUCGAUGGAAGAUAUUCAAAAUCAUGAAGUCGAUAAAUCACAAAAGGAUAUUUCAAUAGAAAAGCCAAACCGUCAAAGGUUUUCAACAUGCUCUGAUGAAGAAAGUCUUCAAGAUCAACGUAGAAGUAAAUCUUUUGAUGAGGAUACAAUUCUUGGAAAGGAUGAAGAUAAUAUAUAUUACACAAAACAUUGGAAUUAUAAAAUGCAUAAGACACCUUGGGGUAAAGUUAAAGAUAUUAUACAAACACGCAAAGACAGUUUGAAAAAAUCGCGAGUACGAAUUAAUUCAAAGGCAAUAGAUGACAAUAACAUGAAUUCAGAACAUGGUGUUUCACCUAAUCGCACACAUCGACGUAGUGACAGUAAUAUUGAUGUUUGUUCAUUUUCAAGUGAAGAAUUUCCUGAUGUAUUUGAAUCACCACCCGCUGAUCCAGUAACCAUGAAUUUCGAUUCCAUUCAAAGAAGAAGUUCGACAAAUGUAUCGAAUGAUAAUCCAGUAAACAUCGUUCAAAAUUUGCAAACCAAACGACAAAUGCCUUCAUUGACAGUAACAAUUUCAAAUUCAGAGGUAGAUAAUUCAAUUAAAACUUCUGAAAUUUCCUCUACCAGUGACAAAAAGAAUAAUUUACCACCAGAAGUUGUGCAAAGAUAUCAAGAUAUUAUACGCGCAGAAAAAAUCCGACCAUCAUACAGGCAUAAUUCACGUUGGCAUCGUGUGAAAAAAGCAUUUUUGAAUAAAAACCUUGAUAAUACGUUCAGAAAUGUUGAAUAUAAAUCGUUAUCAACUCCUGCAAGUCCUACCAGAAAUUCUUCCUUUUUCUCUGAAGAUUCUGAUGGUAAUAGUGCGUUAAAAGAGUAUCUCACUUAUCACUCUUCUCGAAAUAAAUCACCUCAAUCAAUAUCAAGCCAACGGCACCUACAAGAAGAAAUUCAAAAAAAUUAUGAAGAAUUACAAAAUAAAUUAAGUUUAGAAUUUCAAGAGAAAAUGUUAGAAUGGGAACGUUUAAAAGCAGCCACAACCAGUAGUUGCUCAUCCCAAAAUCAAAAUGUUUAUGCAACUGCAACAUCUACUGUAAAUGAUUUAGAAGAUUCGCAAGCUACUACUGAAUUAGAUAGUACAAGAAAAGCAGAAGAUUGUGACAGAAUAAAACCUCGAUCACCAAACACUUCCAAAUUUAAAGAAAAUUCUACAUCACCAAUCACAAGCAGUGAUAAUUUAUCAGCUGAAUUUAAGAAAAAAUUACAAGAAUGGCAAAGAAUUAAAAAGGAACAGUCUACAGGACAAUCUACGCCAACAAAUCUGCAACAUAGCGCGUCUACGAAGAAAAGAAUUACCGAUAAUUUUCAAUUUUUCAAGGCAGGUGCGACAGCCACACCACGGGUAGAUGAUUCUAAAACAUUUCGUUAUCCAGAUACAAAGCAAUUAAGUGAAGAUUUCUUAAAAAAAUUGGAAGAAUGGAAACAUAUGAAAGCAACCAACACUGUACCAUCAUAUUCUGGUUAUCGAGAGGAAGAUGAUGACAAUUUAAAACAUUACGCUGAUGCAAAACCUUCUAGCCCAGGAUUCAAACGAAAAGAAACAUCAUUAGGAUUAAAAUCACCACGGCAAAGUGCAAAAAAAUCAAAAUUCCAUGAACAUAAGGAAUUGCAUAUUUUGGAGAAAGAAAUCCAAAAAAUUGAGAGAGAAAAGCAGAGACUUGAAAGAGAAAGGGAAAAAUAUUUAGAGAGAGAAGAGAGACUUGCAAAACUACGUCGGUCAAUUGGUGGACAUCAAGCGAAAAAAGAAGUUCUGGUUCAAACAUCUACUGGUUUCUUCCGUUUCCAAGGGAUUUCCCGUAAAUUUACCCAACGUUUAUAUGAAUGGGAGAAAGCAAGAGGAAUUGGUCCUGAAGAAUCAACAUUAACUUUACUAAGCCCUAGUUACAAAUCUAUCCUUCCUCGGUCAAAUACAAGAAAAGCUGAAGACAUAAAUCAGUCACAAUCUCAAGGACGGCUGGUACGGUCAAAAUCAAUGGACAGUGUAGCAAAUUUAACGUCAAAUCAAAUGACUACAUCCAUAACUCAUCAACCGUCCAGUUUAUCUUUGAAUGACAUGGAAGAAUUGGAAGCGGAAUGUUUAGCGGAAGCUCAUGUUGAUUCAAUACCUGAUCAUUUACCAGAUAUCGAUACUUUUGAAGAACCCGAAGCUGUAAUUGUUGAUGUAGAAGCUGUUGAAGAAGAAACUGCAGCUCCGUUAGAAGAAAAUAUUGCAAUUCCAGUGUGUGUUACCCAUACUCCAGUUUAUCGUUAUGAACAGCAACAAGAUGAUAGACUUUGUGAGGGUGAAGAAUGUCUUGCACCAAAAGUUCAAGGAGGUGAUUCAACUAAAACUCAAUCUAGUUACCAUUUAAUAGAAGAAAAUAUAACAUUAUUGAAUAAAUUGAAAGAUAAGGAAGAAAUUUGCAAACAGCUUGAAUCGGACAUUGAGGAUAUUGAAGGCGAAAUGAAUGAUAUAGAAAAAACUCACAAUGAAUUAGAAAAAUUAGAUUCGGAUUCUGAAAGUGCGAAGAAAAAACAAAGUAAACUUCAGGAAUUGGAACGUAAAAAAAGAAGACUUCGAAAUGAAGGUGUAAAUUUGCAUAACUCUUUCACUGAACACAAGGCUCAGCAAACUUUAAUAGCCCAACAUCUGGUUGGUUCAAUGCGACGUUUACAAGAAAUUAAUACAUCAGUAGCAUUGAAUGUUCCAAAAAAAGAAAUAAGUAGCUCUAAUCAGCAGUUAAUGGACGUUACUGAAAUGGUUCAAGAUUUAUCUUCAGAAUUAUUACUCUUGGCUGAAAAAUUACAAUCAUUCCUAAAUCAACGUAACAAUGAAAACGUAAAAACUAAACAUCAUACAGGUAAAAAAUUAACACGUGAAAAACAAUGGCGAUCUGUUGAUUUAUCCACAGAAUCAACAACAAUUACUCGUAAAACACGUGAAAAUAGCGCAGAUGCCUCAGAAUUAGCAAAUUUGUUAACGAAUAAAAUCCUGGAAUUGAAACGAGGUCUGAGUUAUAUUUGUGCAGCUUCAGAUCUAACCGCACCGCGGCCGAAUAAAAAAACUGUUAAAAGAAAGAAAUACAACUCAACAUCCAACGAAACCUUAAGUACUAACAAAGAUAAAAUUCUGAUUGAAAAAAGUGAUUCGGUUCCAAAUGUAACACUAUCUCGAAAAUGUGAUUCCAAAAAUGAUGACAUUAAAGUAAAAACUGAAGUAAAACGUAAAACACGUACUCGAUCGAAAAAUGAUUUGAAAUAUAGUGAAAGUGAUGACGAUAAUUUCGAUGAAAAUACUAAAAAAUUGAAUCGACUGCACAAAUCACAUAAAAAAUCACCGGAUGAAAGUACUUCAAGUAAUAAGUCGUUGGGAAACUUAAAUCAUAAUAUAAACGAAACGGUUACUAUUAAAAAUGUAUUGGUUGAUACAAAUCCACAAUUUGUAAAAUACGAAAAUAAUUUCCGAUCAAAUUCGCCAGUAGAUGUCUUAGUUAAAACAACAAAAACUGUUUUUCUACCCGACGAUUCAAAUUUUGAAACCAAAGAAUCGACUAAUGAGCCAGAUAUUCAAACUUUACGUUACACAAAUGAAAAUGGACCAAGUACCUCGCAUAUAUGUAAAAAAGACGUUCAAGAAGAUACUAGUUUUCCAAUGAAAAAGGACAUGUCUCCAAUUCAUUCUCCAACUUCAUUGCUUCAAAGACGACUGUUCAAAUCUCGUACCUGUUCACUAGCAUGUGAUGAGAAUUCACCUUCUACCUCAAACAAGCAGGAUUUAGACAAUAAUGCUACCGAAAAUAUAACCGACCAGCCUAGAAAUUUGCUACGGAAAACACUUAGUUCUGAUGCAGUUGCUUCCAGUUUACCACCUUUACCACAUUCUCCAACACCUUUAAGACGAGAUCGAGGUUUAACAAAAGAAACUGCACCAAGUAUACGUUUAAUGAUUGCGCGAUACAAUCAACGGCUCUAUGAACAAGACGGAGGUAAAUCACCCGGGGGUAGUAGUGGGUCAGGUUCUCCUGUUGCGUGGCGAUCUCCAGUAUUAGAACGAAGAGUGCGAGCACAAACGGAAAAAUAUCAAGAAGAAAUCAAGCGUGUUUUACAACAAGGUAGUUGGAAAAAGAAUGAAAUUACGAAAUCAGCAAGUGUGGGUUUUAUUCAAACAACUGUAGUACCGCCUAAAAAACCUCAAACUUCAAUGGAAGCUUUUGUGAAAAUAUCUGAAAUACCAGAUACUCCACCAUCUCAAAGAAAAUUGAGAGGAAUUUUAAAAUCUUCAAGUGCUGGGUCACUAAAAAUAGAUAACCAAGCCAAAGAAAUAAUUUCAAAUAAUUCUAGACUAACAGAACUCUCGAAAAAUGAUGAUAAAAAGCCAGAAAAAAAGUUGGACGAAGAUCCAAUUCCAGUUGACAAACCAGAAAACAUGGCUAAAGCGACAAUGCAUGUGAGAUCACUGAGUGUAACAAAUACUCCUCCAAAAAUUGUUCGAAAAUACGAUAUGCGUUCAGUUUCACCAAAAGUUCAAAUAUCUUCUUCCCCCGAAUCAACACAAAAUAGUCCUAAUUCACUGCGUGCCUUAAAAAUCCAACGCGCCAAAGAAGAUUUUUUGGCUCGACAAAUAUCUAGCCCGGAAUUCAGUUCACCUAAAUCAGAAUCUUGUCUUGACGAGGAGAGUAAAAAACAAAACAGGUGCCAUUUUGAUGUAAAUUAUGUUACAGUGCCUCAUAGAUUAAGUCAGGUAAGUUGUGGAAGUGAAUCGAGUUGUGAUAACUCAAAGCCAGAUGGGUAUUUAAUAAAAUCAGCCAGUGCUGGUAUGAUAAACAUUGAUGCAAAUACAUAUCGUCAGCUAGCUGCAUCAGAAAUGCAUUCACAAGGCUAUGUUUCGUUGCCACGCUCAAAUCGUAGCCAUAAAGAUAUUUUGGGUGGUAAAUUUGGUAUAUCCAGUAUAACUUCGAAAUUUCGUAAAGUUAAAAUGAGACGACACAAGGAUAAAGAAGGCAGUAAAUUAAAUACGAUAUCAAUGUUAUGCCGGCAAAGUUUAUUUGUUGAUAUAAAUGAUAACUCCGGCGAAUUACUAAAUAAUACAAAUAAUAUACCGUCAACUAACCAAGAUUAUCCUCCAGUAGAAAGAGCGCGUAGUAAGAGUACUUCUAGUUCACCAGCAUUUCAACGUCAUUUAUCUGAUAGUAAUAAAAGUUCGAGUACAAGUGGGGCGAAAUCAAAAAUUUUCAAAUCAAAGCAAUAAAAAGUGUUCCAAAAGAAUUUUGAUAGUUUUUAAUAGAAAAAUGCAUUUUAUUCAAUAAUAAAAAAAUCAUUUACUUCUAGAAAUGUUGUAUUGACCUAGUAGAAGGUUGAAUUUUGACUUAUUUUCUGAUGCUUAAAUUGGAUUAACAUGGAUCUUUCGUUCCAACCAUCCCGAAAGUAUGAGUGAAAGAUGAAAUUAGAUUAUUAUAAAUUACAAAAUGAAAUAAUUUUUUACAAUGAUGAGGAUAA